UCGUUAUCAGUUGAAUUUGUUCAAAGCAGUGAAAAUCACAUAGUUUUACUUAGGCAGUUAAAAAUGUCUUCCCAGCAAGAAAAAGCCGAGCUUGACGCCAGGGCAAAGCACGGUGAGACCGUGGUGCCGGGUGGCACCGGCGGAAAAAGCCUCGAGGCCCAAGAACACCUUGCUGAAGGGAGGAGUAAGGGAGGGCAGACGAGGAAGGAGCAGCUGGGAACUGAAGGAUAUCAAGAAAUGGGUCGCAAAGGCGGACUGAGCACUGGGGACAAGCCGGGAGAAGAACGUGCACGGGAGGAAGGAAUCGAGAUAGACGAGUCCAAGUUUAGAACUUAAAGAUGAAUCAUCUGAGUCUGUACUUUACUGAGUAGAACGUACUAGGUUUUCGAGUUUGUUAAUGUAGGUCUCGUCUGGCUAUAUAUAAGUGUGACUGUCCUGCUGUAUUUCGUUUGCAAUUUUUUCUUUUCGUAAGGUUUGUUGUAUAUAGAGUUUUCAGUGAUCCUUGUUUCGUUUGUGUUACUCACGUGGUACGAUAAUAUUGUUCAAA